GACUGCCGAUAUCGACGCCCCGAAAAUGGUGGCAACCAGCGUGCCAGAGCUCUUCGAAGACGACGCACAUCCCGUGAUCGAUGUUCGAACCGAAAGUCUACAGACACUGCGAGAGCUUGGUCCACCCGAUCUCAUACACCUUAUAAAGCAACCGAACAAGUCGACCACGAAACAGGUCGGAGUCUAUCACCAUGCGACCGGAAUUGACGCAUCGUCGUCGGCGAGUUUGGCAGCAUACAUCAAUACCUUGACCUACGGACCCAGCAGCGCAGUCAACAAAGUGACAUCUGGACUUUACUGCUGCUACAAUGCGUUCUCUCGAGUCGAUAUGCGUGUGCAAGUACAGAUCCCCGGAACCGUCGAAAGCUACUGUGUGGAUGAGCGAGGGAACAAAUUGGAGGCCACAGAAGAGCACUGGUUGGAAACAUAUCUCUGCAGUGUCUUGAGAGCAUACUCGUAUGCGGAUACUGGGUCGGGGGAUGUCAUGAAGCGCAUCAUUGGCGUGCGGCGAUUCAACCCGAUCACGAGUACCGAGCAAGAGCACCGGUUUCUCGAGGCAGCAGAGAAGCUAUUUUUCAGCGGCUGGCAACUCGGAUCGGAUCCGGAGAUCCAGGUCCCGAACCUCGUGUCGAAUCACUUGACGUCUGGACUUUUAAACUACAUCAAAACCACUGGACGAUUUUCCUCCGGAAUCAAUCUCUUCGAGAAGCUGCGAGAGAGAGAUCCUGAGAUCUCGUCCCUCCUCGCUCGGGUCUACAUUGCUGCCGAUGAGGAAGUGAAGGCGGUCAAGUUGCUUAACGAAGCCGUUCGAGACUUGCCGAUGGACUACUCAAUACUGGAUUGUCAAGCUGAGUUCUGCAAUCGCAAGGGUCGAGGCGAUCUCGCGUUGGAGAUCGCAAAGCGCGGCGUUGUUUCUGCGCCCAGCGAAUUCUGUACCUGGGCUCGAUUGGCGGAGAUUUAUGUUUCGAUGGAGCAGUGGGAUCUGGCACUACUGACACUCAACUCCUGCCCAAUGUUCACUUACCAAGACAAAGAUGCGCCUCGACUACCGGAACCGCUCCGAGUGUCUCUACCACUGGCUGCCGAGACCAUCUGCGACGAAAUUGAUGACGCCGGCGCAACUCCCGACUCCGAAAUGGUUCACCCAACGUUACGUAGAUUGUCUGCUGGGAACUACAAAGGAACGUUUCACAAGGCUUACAUACUCCUGACCGAGAUCACGAAGAAGAUUGGAUGGGACCAACUGCUCAAGAUCAGAAGUCAAGUCUUUGUGAUGGAGGAGGAGUAUCGUCACGAGAAGCAGGUACCACAAACGGGAUCUGCAAGCAGGAAUGCCAGCACCGUGGCUUUGAGGAGUACGGAUACGCCCCAAAUGAAUGGUCACGGGGAUCAGGAAGGGAGACCCUCAGAUGCGGGCACCGAAGACAUGGUUAAUGGGCAGCACGAAGCUCCAGCAGAGUCGUCGACUCUAGAUGCGAACGUUUCAAAGCCAUCAACUACCAUCACCGCCAGAUCAAAUUCCGAAACACCACAACCUCAACCGCCGGGCGAUCCGUCUCAUCAAUCAUAUACGCAAUUUCAGCACAAGCGACUUUGCGAACGAUGGCUGGACAACCUAUUCAUGGUCCUGUACGAGGAUCUUCGCAUCUACACCAUCUGGAGAACCGAGGCAUCGCAGUACAAGCAGCAACAAUUGGCGUACAAGAAGAGUGCAGAAGAGUGGGAGAUACUAGGAGAUCUGGCCGAGCGACUACAUCAUCCCGAGGAAGCCAUUGAGGCCUGGCAAGCGUGCCUUAGCAUGCGCUUCAGUCCAAAGGCGAUGAGAGGCGUGUUGGCGCUGUAUGAACGACAGGGUGAUUUCAGGAGCAUGCUUGGUGCUUUGAUCCGCUUGGUGGCUUGGCAAUUCAGGUGGUAUUCAGAGUUCUCCCCUGAUCUGAUCUACGCCAUUCGAAAACUCAUCGAAGACGAAGGCGCGGUCAAAGUCAGGAGUAUCGUUCAGGCUACGAGCUUGCCCCAGCCUGUGCUUGACUUGACACAUCAGUACGCCGCUCUCUGUGCGGCUUUCAAAAGCGAUGGUAAUGACGGUUGAAGAUCUUGGUUGCUACCAUUCUAGCGGCGGCGUUGUGGGAUAAGACCCACGGGAUGGCGAUAAGGGUCCAGCGACGGAGGAAGUGCGAACAUCGCGUCCAUUCGCACGCUCUGAACGCAUUGAAGGCGUGGAAUAUUGACCUUGGCGAAGCAUGCCGCCAGAUGUCAGAUCUGCAUUGACGUGGACCGCAUAGCUUUGACGUCCACAUCGAUUGCACUCAGCUACGAAGCAGAAGUAGUCGCGAAGUUGUACAACGUCUGCAUCCUCUCA